AUGGCAUCCGCCUUCCUCUCUCCCUACAGUUCCAGCGACCCGCUUGUCAACGCUCUCCUCAUCACUGUCCGCUUCUCCGCUUCAAUCCCCGAUCUACCCCUCGACGUGCCAACACCAGAAACCACAACAGGCGCAGGACUCAAACAACUAAUCCGCGCCGAACUUCCGUCCUCACUAUCAUCGCAUCGUCUGCGCUUAAUCUAUGCGGGCCGCGGUCUAGAAGAUGCCACUGCCUUAACCGCCUCUCUUAAGCUCCCACCUUCUCCAGCCCGAUCUCCACAGCCAGUUCUAAACCCUUCAUAUCAAACUCAAGACCAAAAUGGCACCAAAGGGUCCGAGGAAGAGCUUCAAUCCAAGGAUAAGGGCAAGAAAGCCGUCCGCGACACCAGACCCAGAAUCUAUAUCCACUGCUCUAUCGGCGAUAUCGCUCUCUCAGAAGCAGACCUCACUGCAGAAGCAAACCUAGCUUCAACACUUAAGCAAAAAGAAAAUGCCUCCGCAACCUCUCCUACAGAUGGAUCUUCCAGUCAUGCAUUCCCUGGCUCAGAUCAACUCCAACUUCCUGUUACAUCUACCUCUACAACUACGACACCCGCACCUCGUGGCUUCGAUCGUCUCCUUAGUGCGGGAUUCACACCCGCAGAGGUGACUGCUCUCCGGUCACAGUUCCUGGCUGUGCAAUCAGUUUCCCGAACACCGGAUACCAUGCCCUCUGGUGAAGAGCUACGCGAUCUAGAGGAUAGGUGGAUGGAUGAGGGGUCAACGGCUGCGGGGAUCGUGGGCGCAGGAGAUGGAGCGGGUAUAGAGGAGGAUGGACUUGGAUCUGGGACUCGAACUGCGAUGGAUGAUAUGCUCUGGGGCGCUGUUAUGGGAUUCUUCUGGCCUGUUGGUUGUGCGAUGUGGCUGAGGAGGGAGGAAGGUUUUUGGUCUUGGAGGAAGGGACUUGCUGUCAUUGUUGGGGUCAUUGUCAAUGUUGCUUUUGGGGCUAUGAGGAUUAUGAAUUAG